AUGAGUAUCGAUCCACUCAGUGCCGUAGGUCCUGUCGUAUCCGCGGCGAAGCAUGCUUGGACGGUCUGGAAGUCUUGCAAAGCGGCGCCUGGAAGCUUCAAUAACAUUUCAGCUGAGGUGUUAUCGCUUCACGCUUUGUUGAAGGAGGUCGAGGAGACCCUUGAGAAUCAAAAGCUCUCCAUUUCAACGCAGGCACGAUUGGAGAUAAUUACAGGCGGUUGUCAAAGCCUCCUCGAGGAUUUGCAGGCCCUUGUGAAGAAAUACGAGAGCCUUGGUUCCCAAAGCAAGCGGACAUGGGAUCGAUUGAAUUGGGAUGCUGGAGAGAUCUCAGAGCUGAGAGCAAGACUGACUUCUAACACUGUCCUACUCACAGCCUUCAUGAGCACAUGCCAAAUAGUCGUCGAGCAAAAGUUGAAUCUACUCGUCCAAGAAUUCCGGGAUGGUAAACACGAGGGUUCUGUUUUGACUGUUGCCACAAUCGAAUCCUUAACCCACGAGGAACAGGACAGAUGGCGAUCGAUACGAAAGGAGCUCGAAGACAUUGGGAUAUCUGUUGCAGCUUUCGAAGCAAACAAAGAUUUCAUCAUAGACUGGUUCCAGCAAGCCAUUCAGACUGGAGCUUUCGAGGAGCAAAGUAUGUUUAGGGAGCAUGAGGACGGGAUAAGCGACGUCGAUUCAACUAUAUCCUCUCAUACAAUCCAACAACUUCCUACAACAGAAAAUGGUAGUAACGGUGCAACUAUGAUCGGGCAAGCUUCGACAGGUCCAAGCUUGAUUUCGCCUGAAUCUGAAGUGCAUUCAGAUCUUCAAGCAUCGCCUGAUCCUACCCCACGAGCAGAGUCAUCAAAGUACGGCAACCAGCAAGAACUUCAGACGGUCAAAAUCUCUCCAGCACAACGUCAAUCACGGCUAUCGGCCCUCUUUAUACGGUUGCGAGGCUACAACAAUGCAUUCAUCGGGGCAUUGGUACGGAAUGACUUGGAGAAAGCCAAGGAACUAGUAACCAAAGGUGCCAAUAUCAAUGGCGCAUACACCGGAAAGCACGAUAGCCGGCAAGACUUUCCUGCAAUAUGCGUGGCUGUUCGUGAGAGUACCGCCAGUACAGUUUCGUGGCUCCUGGACCAAGGGGUUGAUAUCCGUACAACGAACCACGAUCAUGAUACUCUACUUCAUAUAGCUGCAAGGCGCUUCCAAAUGGAACCGUACAUGUACGAUAUUCUAGAUCUGCUUAUCCGCCGCGGAGCUAAUCUAGACGCUAAAGGCUGUAAGGGCCUAACUCCGCUCUGCAUAGCAGGGGCAUUGAAUCACCAAGGAGCAGUACUUCGACUCCUUCAGUACGGAGCAGACCUCAGAAUCGGUCAUCAAGAUCCACCUCUCGUUCAUGCAGUGUGGUGCGGUCAUGUUGACAUGGUGUCGCUCCUGAUUGAAAAGGGCGCUGACGUAAAUACAAUGAACAGUAUGUCGAAACCAGUGCUGAGUACUGCGAUUAUUAAAGGCAUGCCACGCGAUAUUAUUCCAUACUUGCUGACCCAUGUCGUGAAUCCGAAUGCUCGAACGAAUACUCACGAGCCAUUAAUCUAUUUGGCAUUGGAUCGAGGCAAGGACAUAGUUGCGUUGCUCAUUCGCGCGGGUGCAGAUGUCAAUGCGAGAAGUACCAUUCACCACCUGGGGUCAUCAUUACUCCAACUUGCGAUUCUCAAGCAGAACCAACCUGGCAUGCAAGAUAUUGUGGAACUCAUCAUUGAGCAUGGUGCCGACAUCAAGUAUCGGAACUCUGAACGAAGAACAGCCUUGUAUUAUGCGGUUCAGUCUGGCAACGUCCACAUAGCAGCAUAUCUACUUGAUCAUGGCGCCAACCCAAACGAUAAAGCCCCUGCCCCUGUCUUUGCAGACAGGGGUGAAAAUUGGGAUAUAUGCGCACUUCAAGUUGCUCUUCACAAGAAAGACAAUAAGAUGGUUAGAUCACUUGUUGAAAGGGGUGCAGAUGUAAAGUUUCAGCCUCUAGCAGGACGACCCUUGCUGCGUCAUGCACAGUAUGACAGCGACAUGGUGGACCUCAUGCUAGAGCAUGGAGCAGAUAUAGAAGCCAGGUCUACUGACGAUAUGUUCACAGUUCUUGAUGAAGCAGUUCAGUCUCGAAAUAUGCAUAUGGCUUGCCACCUCGUCAGGUUGGGCGCGAAGAUCAAUUAUGAUUUCUUCAAGUCAGGUCGAUGGAGCCAGCUUAUGUUUCAGACACCUGGACACGAGAUGCACUUUAUUAAUGAAGUCCGCCGUGAUAUCUUGAACGGGUACAGAAUGCUUCAGAUACACCUCGAUAAUCGAAAUUUACAGAGUGCUCGUAAUACACUUGAGCCGAACGCAUCCGUACGAUAA